AUGAACGCAAACAACAACAACACCACCACCAACACCAACAACAACAACAACAGCAGCAGCAACAACAACAACAAAAGAGAUAGUAAUAAAAAAAGAGUGGAAAAGGAAGAUGCUGAUGGUGAUGAUGAUGGGGGGGAGGGGGAGGUUUUUUUGAGGUACCUACACGCUGGUGAUUUUUUUGGGGAACGUGCCUUGGAAUCAGAAGACGUAAGAACGGCGAACAUAAUUGCAUCUGAUCCGGACGUGUCGACUGCCUGUUCGUACAAAGCCCUCAUCAGUAAACUCGAUAACAUCCACCGACUCUACGACGACGAAGAUAGCACUAAUAACGCAUUGGACUCUGAAAGCCAGCACCUUGCUAACAAAACAUUCCAAGACAUCCGUGUUAUUAAGACAUUGGGUGUUGGUGGUUUUGGGAGAGUUGAGCUGAUUCAGAUAGGCAAAGACAGCAGUCGGAGCUACGCGAUGAAGCAGCUGAAGAAGCAGCACAUAGUAGACACGAGACAGCAGGAGCACAUUCUGAACGAGAAAAAUAUCAUGGCGGCUGUACAGUGUGAUUUCAUCGUCAGAUUGUACAAGACAUUCAAAGACUCCAAAUACCUUUACAUGAUCAUGGAACCGUGUCUAGGAGGCGAGCUGUGGACAAUUCUCAGAGAUAAGGGUUAUUUCGACGACCCAACCACCCGAUUUUUCACUGCCUGUGUAGUUGAGGCCCUCAUCUACUUGCACGAGAGGGGGGUGGUCUACAGGGAUCUGAAGCCUGAAAACUUAUUGGUUGAUAGCAAGGGUUACAUCAAACUGGUCGAUUUCGGGUUCGCAAAGCUGAUUGGCUACGGUCGGAAGACUUGGACUUUUUGUGGUACACCAGAGUAUGUUGCCCCAGAAAUAAUUUUAAACAAAGGUCAUGACCUUUCUGUUGAUCUUUGGUCUCUCGGUAUCUUGAUGUUUGAACUUUUGACUGGGAGCCCGCCAUUCACUGGCACAGAUCCAAUGAAGACGUACAACAUGAUUUUGAAAGGAAUUGAUUCCGUGGACUUCAGCAAGAGGAGGAUAACCAGGAACGCUCAACAACUCAUCAAAAAACUUUGCAGGCAUCGCUUGGGAUACGGAAUGCACGGAUUGCGGGAUGUGCGCAAACACAAGUGGUUUGAUGGAUUCAACUGGGAAGGCCUCAAGAAUAGAUCCAUGAAACCGCCAUUCCAACCGAUAGUCAUCAACAAUUGCUGCGACACUUCGAAUUUUGACGAGUAUCCUCCUGACGAUGGGGAUCCGGAAGAUGAUGAAUCCGGGUGGGAUAGGGAGUUCUGA